UGUAGCCAUUGUGGUUCUCUAGAGUAUCGAGAUCAACCUAGCCAAAGUCUCAAAAAAAUAUUACAUUUUUCUUGGUGUAUUGCUAAUUUUCACUGUUUCCUGCACCGUCUACAAACACAGUGUUCACGGCUUUUCUUCAGUCUCCGACGAUUUGAAAAAACCAACGAAAUGCUGUCCAACUGUAAUCACUUGAGUGAAGGACGCCUGGAACGCGCUCGUAAGGAUGUAAACUCACAUAAGGAAACUAUCUUGCAGAUGAAAGCUGACUUGGAGUUCAUAUUCAAAAAGAUUAGGCUUUUCAAACAAACACUUUCAAUGAAUUAUCCAGAAGUGUUCAAAAAAGGUACGACACUAAGCUAUUAA